UCUCACUUUACUUGUAGCCUCCCAAGCUCCCUGUAAUCCAUUAUUGGAUGGCUAACACAGGGCUCCUCAAUCCAUUUAUAAUUAUCCCAACACCAUACUCAUGGUUUCCUGAGCUAUUUGGCAUCAACUAUCAAGAGAAGGGACCUCAAGCUCAUAGGAGAAGCAGCCCUCAAAGAACCAAAACUCCAAGGGGAGCUGGUCCAUCUCAUGGAGCUGACAAAGAGCAACAUAGGAUUACUCCUGCUCUAUAUCUCCAUUUCUACCACCUUCUUAACUCAAUGUGGAGCAAGAGGCUUGAGGCAACCCAAGAGCUCACUACUUAAAUCCUCAAGAAAGCUGAGGCUGGCGAGGCAUUUUGAGUUGUACCCAUCUUCCUCCCAUAUGAUCCAUCUUCCUUAUUGUGUGAGUCCUCCUCUUACUCCCCUGCCGCCUUCCACUACCAUACCAACUCCAACGUUCCCCAUCGAAUCUUCACCACCAUCUCCCACAUCCUACUCUCCAGUUCUCACUCCAAAUCCACCGGAAACAGUGCCAAGCCCACCAACUUGCAUACCCGGCCCACCUGAGUACGAGUUUAGCCCACCAAGUUAUGUCCCAAGCCCACCAGAAUUCGUCCCCGAGCCGCCACUGUUCGAACCACCGGUGGUGUACCCUCCACCGCUGGGGCCGCCACCGCCGCCAAGGGCAAUGCCCAGCCUCUGGUGUGUGGCGAAGCCGACGGUGCCGGACCCGAUCAUCCGAGAGGCCAUGGAAUAUGCCUGCGGGUUCAGCACCGACUGCGGCCCGAUCCAGCCCAAUGGUGAAUGUUACCAGCCCGAUACCGUAUUGUUCCAUGCUUCUUUUGCUUUCAAUAGCUACUGGCAGCAAUCGAAGGCGGCCGGAGGGACGUGUGAUUUUGGUGGGACGGCAAUACUGGUCACCAGCGAUCCAAGUUAUGAAGGGUGUCAUUUCAACCUUACGUGAUGAUAUAAAUAUUGCACAACAAUUAAGUGGUCAUUUGGAGACCAAAACAAGAGUAGCAUACGAUACAUUAAUUUUUUCUGAAGUUUUCAGUAGGACUUUAAAAUUAUAGUAAAUUUGUCACUUAUUUCGUAUCGUGCACCGUGUUCAUAUUGUGUACCAUAUUAUGGCUCUUAUAUCUCUGGUGGUAAUAGGCCAUGAAGCCAUUGAUUUCAUCCUCCGUUCUCAAGACUUAUAAGAAUAUUGUAGCA